AUGUGCUUGUUCGUGAAGGUGGCGGACCAACAAGGCGGCAGCAGCGGCGGCGGCGAUAGCUACUUUCCCCCUUUCACUUCUUCCUCCUCCUCUUCUUACCCCGCGGCGAUCAGGAUGCUGCUGAAAGUAGCAGUAAUCGACAAAAAGAUGAAGCCUUUUUGCCGCUUCCGAACACCCCACAAGAUUUCGCUCCUGCCCAUCUCCGUCAUCAAUUCGAAUUCAGCCAUCCCAAUCCGAAUCAGCAGCAAGCUGCGGGGCCGGGGGAUCAGGGGAAUUUGA